AUGGAUUCACCCCAUGAAGACCUUCCUCCCCAUUACGACGACCUUUCGAUGCACCUUCCACCGACGUUUCGCGUCUCAAACGAGGACAUACCGCCAUUGGUAACAAUGACAGACGUUGAAGCUCAUCUAAUACUGCUCUCCGCGUUCGCCAAACUCAAGCAAGACGUCCAAAAUGCUUGCGCCUCCCCAGCGACGUCGCAUCUUCACCACCAGGAUGCAGCACCUAGUUGCCCUACCGACCCCAAUCGUGCAUGGGUAGUAUUCGUGAAUAGGGCUGUCCAUCGAUUCGACCGGUUCAUGAGUGGCAGUUGGUCAGAGGACGUACCGGUGUGGUCAGAGACCGUCAUUCCCCCGCUGGACGUCAUCAUGGUCUGGCACACGUAUCUCCUAAAUCCGAGGAUAUACCAUGAAGACAGUCUUAGACGUUCGACAAAUUUUGCACGCAGAUUAGCAGCAAUGGGAUCGAUGCCCCUCACCCUCGUCGCGUCCACGAUUCAUCCAACAACCUUUGAACCCAAUCUACCCUCCCCAGAACGAGAAGCCUUUUUCGAAAGUACAUCCGGACUUGCGUUCAUGUACACCCUCGCAACGAGCUUCGAUGAGGUUCUCAGUCUGGAUUGUCCGUGCUGCAAUACGACGAACAAUUAUGUGCGUUGGGUCACUCGAGAGGGGGAAAGUGGUGGUGGCGGAAUAGGCUUUGCUGAGCCGCUGUUUCGUCAUAAAUGUGACUGGUGUGAGCGAUCAUUCACCCGUUCAAUUAUGGGUGUCCGAAGGUUUUGUGACGAGGUAACCGAAAGGCGUGCAGGGAGCAAAGUAUUUUUUGCGGAAACCCUGCUCCAGCCUCGAUCUGGGAGGGUAGACGAGGCAAGAGGAGUUGCUCUAACCAAAAGGAUAAUCUCAGGAAUAUAUGCGCGAUACGCUCUGGAGCCCGACUGCAAAGAGGAAAACGUAAUACAAGAAGCCGUUGACCUUUCCACGACGUUGAAGUGGGAGGCAAGUAACCUUUCUGAUCUGAUCCAUCAAGGGUUGCGUCCGAGAAAGACACAAUACCAGGAGAGCGAACCUUUACCACGAGUACAGCGAAUUAUAGCUGCAUACAGUACGCCAGGUCAUGCAUCGCUCGACCUCGUUACCGCCGUACUCCGCCAAGAGGGGUUCGUUACCAAACUCAAGGAGAUGGGUUGGCUAUGCUCUAUGGACGGUGCGAUAGAGGGACGAACACCAGCACUUCUGCGCGCUAUUGCGCGAUAUCAUGCAUUUCUCGACCUCAUGUCAUCGAAGAGUCAGAGCUUACUUGUUCCUACCCUCGAUAUUGACCUUGUUUGGCACACCCACCAGCUCGCAGCUACAGCCUACCGAUCAGACACCCUCCGGCUGCUCUUGCGCGUCCCCAAUCACGAUGACAAUGUCGAGUCUACAACACUUCAAGCUGCCUACGACACGACUGCCGCCGCAUGGAGAGUGCGCUACGGUGUUCCGUACAGCGUUUGUGGAUGCAUGCCGGAUCCGCCUACCACCGGAAAGGUCAAAGCGGACAAAGGCAAGGACAAGGCGAGUCGGUCGAUCAAGACGUUUGUCCCGUGCUCUUUGAUGAUGGCUGCGACGAUCGUUUCUGUUCGCCGCUCCUCUACUUCGGCUCUCCAUGCGCCAGCCACAUCAAGUCGUGACGGUGGUUCGCUUGUCAGUCUCGAUAUCUCUGAAGCAGAUACUUCCCAUCCUUCCGAACACAACUUUUAUGUCAGUACCGCACCGGUUUCGACGAGACUGGAUCGAGAUCUCGUAACGAGAGACGUGGAAGCCAGAACACGGUCGGCUCUCAUCAAGAAGAUACCCAGUGACUUUUGGAGGCGCAUUCAAUCCGAGAGAAAGGAGCGACGGAGCGAUCAUCGCGAAGCGUUUACGACGCGCCAAGGGGUCGAUGGUCCGUAUUACGCGUAUUGGGGCGUCUCGGCGAAUGUACCACAUGGGUUCUACGGAGCGACCAAGUACAAAGAUGCCAUUGGAGGAUGCGCGUCUGGGUGUGCGACAUGUGGAGCGCCUGCAUGA